AUGUUGUCCAGAAAAGGACUUAUUCCCGAAGAUUAUGUGCUGACUCGUUUAGCGGAGGAUGUACUACAGCCGAAAUUCAAGGCUAAACAGAGGAAGGCACGGUUUGUAGCGAAAAACGGAACCUGCAAUGUAGCCCACACGAACAUUCGCGAACAAGGACGAUUUCUGCAAGAUGUUUUUACCACCCUUGUAGAUCUAAAAUGGCUUCAUACUCUUAUAAUAUUUACAAUGUCAUUUCUUUGCAGUUGGCUUUUGUUUGGUAUGAUUUGGUGGCUCAUAGCGUUUGCGCAUGGUGACCUACACCUAAACGAAGAUGAUUUUGUUCCGUGCGUUACAGAUAUCAACUCAUUUGCGUCGGCGUUCUUGUUCUCAAUUGAAGUGCAAGUUACAAUCGGUUUUGGGGGCCGCAUGAUAACCGAGGAAUGCGUCUCUGCCAUUAUAGUAUUGAUCAUUCAGAACAUCGUGGGUUUAGUUAUUAACGCUAUUAUGUUGGGAUGUAUUUUCAUGAAGACGGCACAAGCCCACCGCCGGGCUGAGACGCUCAUUUUUAGCAAACACGCUGUGAUCAGCCUUCGAAAUAGCAAACUGUGCUUUAUGAUCCGCAUUGGCGACCUACGGAAGAGCAUGAUUAUUAGUGCAACGGUCAGAAUGCAAGUAGUGAGGAAGACCUCAACACAGGAGGGAGAAGUGGUUCCCUUGGACCAAAUAGACAUACAGAUGGACAACCCCGUUGGUACGAACGGUAUCUUUCUCGUUUCUCCCCUCAUAAUUAGUCAUGUUAUCGACAAAAACAGUCCGCUCUAUGAUCUGUCGGCAGAUGAUUUGCAACAUGAAGAUAUCGAGGUAAUUGUUGUACUGGAGGGAGUUGUAGAAACCACUGGAAUAACGACUCAAGCUCGGACGUCUUACCUGUCUGAGGAGAUAUUGUGGGGACAACGUUUUGUGCCAACUGUCUCGGAAGAAGAAGGUAUGUACGCUGUGGACUACUCUAAGUUUGGGAACACUGUCAAAGUGCCAACCCCAAACUGCAGUGCAAGGAAACUAGAGGAAGAGGGCGGCCUUGCUCGGUUCAAACUUCAGGACUAUUCCUCCCACCGGGGUUCGUUGCGAAGACGACACAUAUCUAUACGCAUGAAACAGCAAAGCAUCUCUCAAGAAAAGUAG